AUGCACUCAGCGCUCGAGGCUCGGAUUCGACAUCUCGAAAGUCUACUGGGGAAUAUUCAACAGAAGACGAGCCAGACACCGCAGACCGAGGCGCAAUUUGAUCAACCAAGGACGUCGGAGAGUUCUCCAACGACAGUCCCACUCGCUUCAUCUGCCCAUGAGAAUCUUCUAUACCACGGCUCAGCAGAGCUAGGCUGGCCUUCUCUCUGUGCUCCACCGUUCAGCGUCACGACCGCUCCUGUCUUCCCCGAGCUUCCCAAAUCGACUACAUCAUGCGCAUGCAGCCAUCAGGGGAAGACGGUAGACUCGAUCCUUUGGGGAAUGGAUGAGGCUAGCAAGGCUCUUGAGGACCAACGCUCGAUUUUAGUCACUGGCCAAAAUGGGCAAGAGUUCAUUGGUAAGCGAUGGCCAACCACACUGUAUCCUUACAUGGUCACUCAAAGAUGUCUCUCGGUAGGAUCCUCCUGUGCCAUGGCUCUUUUCACAGACCAGGGACUGCAGUGGAUUUCCCAGUCCGUCAAUAACUCCAAGAGCUUGGAGUCCUUGCGAAACCUGAUGUCUUCAGUCAUGUCCUUGUUGAAACUUCCGGACCCGGACUUCCGUGGCGAGAUUCCAUCAGAGAUGAAAUUGUCGCGGACACCACUUCCGUCCGAGGAGACGGGGAGGAAAUAUGUCCAAGUGACCGAACGACGGCAGCGUAUUUUGACCAAAAUCAAUGUACCCCGUUUCGUGACGGUCUUUGAGACCCUAUGCGACCGAGAUCUAACCACUAUCUCCAGUAUCUGGCCAAUUCUUGAUAGGAAAGUGUUUUUGAAAGAUUGUGAAAGAUUCUGGAGAGACCCUUCCCGAGUGGGUCCCCAAUGGUACGCUGUCUACAAUAUGGUUCUAGCGACCGGAGUACGAUCGCAACUCCGCACGGGCUCGCCGUUACUCUUCAAACAGGCGCAGGAGACAGCAACCAAGUAUAUGGAAAACGCGCUAUCCGUUCAGCAGGAGAUGUUGCAGCAGCGCACGACUCUGCACACGGUUCAGGCAAUUUUCGCCCAAGGCAUUGCAGGACAAAGGACCGAGUAUAUAUAUUCUGCAAUCGCCAUCCGUCUAGCUCAGGGACUAGGGAUGCAUAGAACACCACUCAAAGUUUGGAACCUGACCGCUAGCGAAGUCGAGGAAAGAAACCGGGUCUACUGGUCGCUAUACUCCUUCGAGCAGAUUUUCGCCUACCACUCUGGGCGUCCUUCGGUGAUUGAUGACGAUGAAGUCACCUGCCCUUUUCCGCGGAAGGUGUUUGAGAAAUCUGGCAUAAGCACCAACGCUGUUCCGGACAAGGGUGACCUAUUCCUCAGUAUUGCCAGAUAUUCCAGACACUGCGCCAGAAUAACCAAACAGCUCUUUUCAGCGAGUUCCCUGACGCGAGAGCCUAAGGAGAUAGUCAGCAGAAUCGUUGCUUUGUACGACGAACUCAAGCGGUGGUGGGUCGCGGCCGAGGUGUGUGAGGAUCCUCUGGAUAUCGACCAACUCCCCAAUGUGUCCGGCACAUUGACGGGACCAGAUGGGACGCGGCACGUCAUCUUACGCAUGUGGUACUACACCUCACUUUUCUCUCUGCACCGAGCAUGUCGAGUGUCAGGGUUCGUCAUACUGGAGAAAAUGGUAGCCGACAUUAGUCCAGAACAUGAGAUGAAAUUAAAACAGAUCGCGGAAGACGGAGUUGCAGCAGCUCGAUCGUUGUGCCUCUUGGUUCAACAGCUCAAGAUUGAGCCUCAGACACCGAUGUGGUUGAUACUGUACUUUCCUAUCAUGGGAGUCUUGACUCUUUUCAUCAACGUUGUCUCCAAUCCGGCAGCUCCGACCGCCUCAAGCGACAUAGCAAUAAUGGAGAUCGUGACGGGGACGUUUGGCCGGCUCGAGUUCAUAACGCAAGGUCGCCUAGCGCUGACCAGGAUUGGGGAGUUCGCCAGCAUUGCCCGAGCCGUCGUGGAGCAGGAUAUUGCAUCGCAACAGGGAGGGGAUUUUGGCGACUUGGGCGACGAGUUUCUCUCUGGUGAGAUGCCGAGUUUCGAUUUGCCUGUCCUGGGGGAUGGACUUACUUCGGAGAGCAUGGAGUUUUGA